GCCUUUCGCUUUUGCUCUCCGACUGUUUCUGGCUUCAGCGUCGAUCAAGAAGCGCUGGAAAGGCAAAAGGGGUUUUGGAAAGGGGGGAAGGAGAGGAGACGACAGCUCCCCCCACCUCCAAAUCCACCCCACCGGUUGAAUUUCCAGACUCCCCCCAGAUUCUCCAGGCGAAUUUUGCUGGUCAACUGAAAGGCAGACAUGGGAAUUGGAAGUUCAACACCAGAGGAAUACGAAGAGAUGAAGGCAGAUAGGGAAGAAGAUUUCACAGACUUGGCAAUGGAAGCUCAUAACGGAUGGGAUAUAUUGGAGAAAACCACAGUUGACAUAGCCAUCACAGGGGCAUCGGGUGCUGGCAAAUCGUCCCUCAUCAACGCUCUGCGGGGUCUGUCCGAUUUUGAUGAGGGGGCAGCCGAAAUUGAUGUGAUACAAAUCACAGAGGAUCCACAGGGUUAUCCAUACCCCGUGUGUCCAAAUGUGACAUUAUGGGACCUGCCAGGAACUGGAACACCUGAGUUCUGUGCAGAGAAAUACCUAGAAAGGGUAAAUUAUACCCGGUAUGAUUUCUUCAUCCUUGUUGGCACUGAGCGCUUCACCAUGUAUGACUUCCAGCUGUCCCAAGCCAUUCAGGAAAGGAAGAAGCGGUUCUUCUACGUGCGCUCCAAAAUGGAUACCAGUAUUGAAAAUGAAAAAACCAAACCAGACUUCAACGAGGAGGCAACCCUUCAAAAAAUCAGGGACUAUUCCCUCCGUAAGUUGGAGGCGGCUGGCAUUUCUUCUUCAGAGAUUUUCCUCGUCUCCAGUUGGUACUGGGAUAAGUACGAUUUCCCCCUCCUGCAAAAGACAUUGGAGAAGAAAAUUGAAGACCUCAAGCGAUGCGCCUUAAUAGCACAACAGGAGGAACACGAGAGAUCAAUGGCAGCAUCAGGGAUGACUGGAAUUGGCACUUUCUUCUCAAACUACAUCUUAGGAAUUGACCUUACAGAGCUGCAGGAUGCCACAGCACAAAGCAGUCUUGAAAAGGUGGCAGAUGAAACUCGUCAAGAAUUGGAUGCAUUGGAGAAUGCCAAGCUUGACAUCGCAGUCACUGGGGUGUCAGGUGCCGGUAAAUCAUCCCUUGUCAAUGCCCUGCGGAACAUGACUGAUUAUGAAGAAGGUGCGGCCCAGACUGGAGUGAUGGAGACGACGAUGGAUAGCCACGGUUACCCUCAUCCCUUGUUUCCCAAUGUAACUUUAUGGGAUCUACCAGGAAUCGGGACACCUGAAUUUACUCCAGAGAAUUACCUACAGAAGGUCAAUUUUAGCCAAUAUGAUUUCUUCAUCAUCGUUGCUGCAGAACGGUUCAGUGAAAAUGAUGCCCUCCUGGCUCAAGAAAUUAAGAAAAUGCAGAAGAAGUAUUAUUUUGUGCGUUCCAAGAUGGAUCUCUGUAUGGAUUCUGAGAGAAGGAAACCCAACUUCAGUGAGGAGAAAACCAUUGAGAAGGUUAAGAACUAUUGCUGUGACAAUCUGAUAAUGGCAGGAGAGCCUUCGCCAAAGGUCUUCCUCAUCUCUAGGUGGCAUUUGAAUAUGUACGAUUUCCCUCUCUUGGAAGAGACCUUGGAAAGGGAACUAGAUGGUCUCAAGAGGCAUGCAUUUAUUUUGGCUUUGCCAGUAUUCUCAAGAGAAAUCCUGGAAAAGAAGAAGGCUGCUAUGGAGACCCGUAUAUGGAAAAUUGCUCUUGUGUCUUGUGCUAUUGGGGCAGUUCCUGUCCCAGGACUUUCUUUGGUCUGUGAUGUUAGCAUCUUGGUAGGAGCGCUGCUCGGUUUCUACAAAGUCUUUGGCUUGGAUGAAGAUUCCCUCCGCAGAGCUGCAAAACGGGUUGGCAAAGAUUAUGAAGUGUUGAAAUCCACUAUCACGAAGUCUCCAAUGUCCAAUGAGAUCACUCCAGAAUUUGUAGUUGGUCUCUUGACCAAGUCAUUGGUUUGUGGGACCAUGAAUGUGUUAUAUCUUGUACCAGUAUUGGGCUCUCUGAUUGGAGGAGUUAGUUCCUUCGCCACCACAUUGUACGUGCUGCAAAAUUUCCUGAAAGACAUCGUGGAAGAUGCUGAGAAUGUUCGGGCAAAAGCUGCUGAGCCUUCUGAAACCAUUUCCAAUGAAGCUGAUGGGCAGUCAGCCGAGUCCUCAAGAAGAGCCAUGGGUGGGAAAAGUUCGACACCAGCGGGUAGCAGUGAACCUGAAGAGAGCUCUGCCGGGAAAGAAGGAAACCUCUCAGAUCUAACUGUGUCAGGAAAAACCACACUUGACAUUGCCAUCACAGGAGUAUCAGGUGCUGGUAAAUCAUCCCUUGUCAAUGCCCUGCGAGGGAUAUCAGAUUAUGAGGAGGAGGCAGCCAAAAUAGAUGUAAUAGAAAAAACAGCAGAGCCAAAGGGUUACCCACACCCCACCUUUCCAUAUGUAAAAAUAUGGGACCUACCAGGAAUUGGGACACCUAAUUUUAAAGCUGAGGACUACCUAGAGAGGGUAAAUUACAGCAAAUAUGAUUUCUUCAUAAUUGUUGCUUCAAAUCGCUUCACUGUCUAUGACAUCCAGCUGUCCCAUGCAAUUCAGAAAAUGAAGAAGCAGUUCUACUACACGUGGUCCAAGAUGGACAUUCACAUUACGAAUGAAAAAACGAAACCAGACUUCAGUGAGGAAGAAACCCUUCAACAAGUCAGGACAUAUUGUUUUGAUAAUUUUGCGAACGCUGGUAUUUAUACUCCACACAUUUUCCUCAUCUCCAAUUGGUACCGAGAUAAAUACGAUUUCCCCUUCCUGCAAAGGACCUUAGAGAAUGAAAUUGAGGCUCUGAGGAGACGUAUCUUAAGAACAACUGACAAAUCAACCAAACCAUCCAAACAAAGUAGAAUCCUUUUCAGCUUCCUUGAAAAAACCUUAAAAAUUGACCUUGCAAUACUGAGGGAUGCUCUGAAGGACAGAAAGCUUGAAGAGGUGGCUGAGGAAAUUAAUAAACAAUUGGAUGGACUGAAAAACGUCAAGCUUGACAUUGCCAUCACAGGAGUGUCGGGUGCUGGUAAAUCAUCCCUUGUCAAUGCCCUGCGGGGCAUGACCGAUUACGAAGAAGGUGCAGCUGGGUCUGGAAUAAUACAAACAACUAUGAACCGUCACAACUAUCCUCAUCCCUUAUUUCCGAAUGUAACCAUAUGGGAUCUACCAGGGAUUGGGACACCUGAAUUUAAACCAAAAGAUUACCUAGAGAAGGUCAAUUUUAACCAGUAUGAUUUUUUCAUGAUUGUCAGCUCGGAACGUUUCACUGAAAAUGAUGUCCUCCUGGCCCAUGAAAUUAGGAAAAUGAAGAAGAAAUUUUACUUUGUGCGCUCCAAAAUGGAUGUUAGUAUGGCUGCUGAAAUUAGGGACCCAAACUUCGAUGAAGAUAAAUCUCUUCAGAAGAUACGAAAAUAUUGCUGUGAUAACCUGACUAAGGUAGGAGAAUCUAAUCCAAGGGUUUUCCUCAUCUCCAGAUAUAAUUUAAAUAUGUAUGAUUUCCCAGAUCUGCAAGAAGCCUUGGAAAAUGACCUGGAUGAUCUCAAGAGACACGCCUUAAUUUUGGCUAUGCCACUUUUCUCAAGAAAAAUCCUCAAAAAGAAAAUGGCUGCAAUGGAGGCCCUUAUAUGGAAACUCGCUAUUGUGUCCUGUGCUAUCGGGGUGAUUCCUGUCCCAGGACUUGCUUUGUUCUGUGAUCUUAGCAUCUUGGUAGGUGCGCUGAUCCAUUUCUACAAAGCCUUUGGCUUGGAUGAAGAGUCCCUCCGCAGAGUUGCCAAGGUGUUUGGCAAAGAUUACCAAGUGCUGAAAUGUGCAAUUAAAAAUUCUCCAAUGUCCAGUGAGAUUUCAAAAAAAAUUGUAGUUGAACGCUUGAGCCAGUCGUUUCUGUGGGCAAAUCUGAGAAUAAUUGAACUGGCCUUGGAUUUCGUACCAGUAUUGGGCUCUCUGUCUGGAGGAGCUAUUUCCUUCGUCACCACAUUCUACAUGCUGAGGAGCUUCUUGAAGGACAUUGUGGAAGAUGCAGUGAGUGUUCAGGCAAAAGCAAUUGAGCCUUGACCAUCACGAUGUCCUGGCUCAAAGACCCAAGACACCAACUGGGAAAGAGAAGCCCAAAUGCAAAAUGUGUGGAAUUAUUCACUGGACCAGAACUCAAUAACAAGUGCAAAAGGCAACUGGAUUUGAAUUUCAGAUCAGAAGCUUAUUUUUCUUUUAAUUGAUUCCUAAGUUAAUUGAGCUUUUCAAUAUAAAAUUACAGAUAUAGAGAAAGAUAGAUAGAUAGAUAGAUAGAUAGAUAGAUAGAUAGAUAGAUAGAUAGAUAGAUAGAUAGAUAGAUAGAUAGAUAGUUCUAGAUUAGGAGCCUCUUUUCCCUAUCCCUGCUUGUCCAAAGAGCCAGUCUGGGCUCUGAAGAAUGCCAGGCAAGGCGCAAUUCAGAUAAGGAUUUCCUUCAAACCUCCUCACCCCCCCCCCCCCAAAUGCACACUAUCGUAUGUUCUUGUGACCUUACUUUGCUUGCUUUGCACAGCAGCCCUUAGUCUUCAACAAGGCUUUUUCAGUAGAUAAUCUGUAGGUAGCAGGCCCAUGGCAAGUGUAUCCGAUUUUGUCUUUUAUUUGAUUUCUGUACCAGGGUUUGCAUUUCAUGAAUAAAUCUAAUUUCUUAUUCAAAUAAA